AUGGAUAUGGAGACAUCUGCGGAUUUAAGUCCUACCGAAUGGCAUGAAAAAUUCAUUGAAAUUUCGACAAAAGAACUAUUAAAAAAAAUUGGUGAUUAUAGUUAUGAUUAUUAUUAUGAUGAACAUGGAUAUAAUCGCAGCAAACGAGAAGGACAGUAUGAUUUUCGUAUGAUUCGCAUGGCUCCUCUAUUUGCUAGUCAACCACGACUCAAAAAAAUAUGCCAAAAUUGGAAAAACGAGUUGCUUCUUUCGAGCUUUACAACAUAUAAAUUUAAGAAAUAUAGGAAUAAUUCAAUUGAUAAAUUAUAUGAAAACGCAGAUGAUCUAGAAUACCUAAUGAAGCUCUGUGGAACUAGGUUAACUUAUCUAGAUCUAAUGCAAUAUCCUAUUUCUCAGAUAAUGCCAAUAAUCAAUGCUAAUUGUCCAAAUCUUGAGAAGCUUUAUUUAGGAUUCAAAGAAAUAAUGAGUCAAGAUUUUGAAAAUGUUUUUUCUAAUAUGUCUCACCUUACAACACUGUCGAUUAAAUGGCAAUGUAAAAAUUCGACUCUACCAAUGACUCUAGCCAAGUCAUUGGAACAAAUUGGUGGAACAUUGAAAAUUUUAAAUCUUUCAUCACCCUUAGCACCACUUGAUAUUUUCUCACCAGAUUCAUUGGCUUCUGUAUUUCCUCGACUAACUGCUCUGAAUGGUUUAUCUGUAUGGGGUUUUGCACUAAGCCAGCUAUUACUCCAGUCUAUAGGUAAAAUAGAAAAUUUGACUGAUUUAAGAUUAGUUUCUCAUUGGUGGAAAGAACAUCCAAUGUUUGAUACAAAAAUCAGUAUGUAUCCAAUUGGGAAUUUAAAAAAUCUCGAGAAGUUACAGAUUGCUUGUGAUUAUGGUGUUAGAGAUGAAUUUUUGAUUAAUCUUUGUAAUAAUGCCAAAAAAUUAACGUUUUUACAUAUAAUUGGCACAGAUAUAACUGAUAUUGGUAUGAGUGCAAUUGAUAAUUUACAAGAGUUAGAAGAUUUCAAUCUUGGUUUUACUAAUCAUGGUCCGCACUCAGAAAAAAAUGAAUAUAUCACUGAUGAAUCAAUUCAACGUUUAUUUAAUAAAAAAUUGAACUAUUUGAAUAUAUCAAAUUGCAUCAAUGUUACUGAUGAAGGGUUAUUUAAACUUGUUGAAAACUUACCAAAUUUAAAAAUUUUAAAUAUUCAAAUGACAAAGGUAACUAGUGAAGCUAUCAGAAAGAUAUAUAAAUUUAAAAAACUACAUAUUGAUUGUGAUUAUUUGGAAGAAAUCUAUUGAUUAUUUUCU